CAACCGCACUAUGUACGCGUACUCUCUUAGAAUAUUUUCCAGAGAGUUUACGUCAAUUCGACCAGAAUGAGAAUUUUCAACCAUAUCUUCUUGUUGCUCACCAUAUUAGUGAUUUCCUCUGCUGCAACGAGACUUCCAAUAAGACGUGGAAGACCUCUCACUGUUGAAGAGCUGAAAAAAAUUGGAAUCUUGAGAAAUCCGAUAAGCAAGAAGUCGUAUGCGAACCAAAGAAAUUACUAAAAUCUAGAACGAAACAGUGAUAUUUCGUGCUCGAUUGUCGAUAAACCGCAUUGUGAU